GAGUGGUAAAUUAUUUAUAUUUUAUUUUAGGAAUUGGAAUUGGAAUGACAUCAUGUAGCCUGCAGCCACAACUGUUAAAAAUAUUUAGAGAUUCAUCAAACAAAUAUUUUAUCCAAUUUUUCAGAACAUUUAAGAUGCUGAAAGAAUUUGAAUCUUAGAUUGAGUAAAAAGGAAAUAAUCUAGAAGAUUUAUCGUUAUUUUGUGGAAUUAUUGCUCAUACAACAGAUUUUCAUGGUACAGAAUGAAAGUGGCCUUCAAAUUAAUUAUGGAGUGAUUAGAAAAUUAGGAGUAUAGAGCUUUAUUUGAGGAUAAAGGAAAUUAUUGGCAUCUAGCCAUUUAUGAAGGGUUUAGGUAAAGUAUAUUUUAAUAUUGUAUUUUUAAGUUACAUGUUAUCAAAAAAUGAAAUAGGAUUUAUAAAGGUAAUUUUGAGACUAUUAAAUUAUCAAAUGAAUGUGUUUGAAAAAGGAGCAUUCUAAAUAUGUGUAAAUAAUUUGAUUGAAAUCAUUUGGAAUGGGAAAAAUUGUAUUAAAAAAGUAUUUCAGAAUUAGAACAUUAAGAAUAACAACAAAAAUAAG